AUGCUAAGUGAUAAUGAGACGGUUGAUGAAAUGAUCGAUGAAACGGUUGAUGAAACGGUUGAUGAAAUGAUCGAUGAAACGGUUGAUGAAACAGUUGAUGAAAUGAUCGAUAAAACGGUUGAUAAAACGGUUGAUAUCAGGAUGAUGUUUUAUGAAAUAAAAUCUCCUGUCAACGAAAAAACUGCUACAGAAAACUAUUUCAUAGAAUAG